GAGUCAACAUCAUUCAAACGCUCUUAGUGGAAACUUCAACACGGGCACAUGGUGUGGGAAAUGCAAUGGAUUUACUGUGAAUUUCCUAUGUGUGUGCAAAUCCUCAGAUUAAGUAAGAGUGCAACUUAAAAGGAUCAGGGAAGGCUCUUAGCCCGCCAUGCAGGCGAAAUUGCCGUCUGCACUUUUCCCCACCGUGUUUUUGAUUUGGGUAACUGCCGUCACAUACUCUAGAGGUGAUGUAGAGUGUCCAGAUGAUGCUGGUUACUGGACCUGUCAUGACGGGAUAGAGGAAAUCCACAGCUGCUGGAAAUGUGAUGGAGCACAGGACUGUGAUGACGGAUCAGAUGAAUCCGACUCGGAAUGUGUCACUACUUCAAGGAGGAGGAGAUCCACAGACAAUACCCCCUUCAAACCUCUAUCACCGUUCCUCAGGUGUAAUCCAAACUACGAGAGGUGUCCAGGGGAGGAACUGUGCAUUCCACUAUCCAAAUUCUGUGAUAAACAUAAAGACUGUGAGCUCGGAGGGGACGAGACCAGUUGUAAUGUGACAUUUUCAACAAGCUGUGAUAAAUUGAAUUGUACAUAUAGGUGCACACAGACCAAAGAUGGGCCCAAGUGUUACUGCGAUUCUAGUUCAUUUAUGAUGUCAAAACAAAAUGAAUGUGUCAACUAUAAUCCAUGUGAAUACCAUGAAGGCAUCUGUGACCAAAAAUGUUCCUUCAACAGUUCCUUGCGGAAGUUCUCAUGUUCCUGUACAAAUGGUUAUAAGGGGGAUGGAACUCAUUGUAUUCCAUUUAAUGAACCUUCGUCUGAGAAGAAAUCCCUGUUGGUAGCUGCUUCAGAGGUUUUAUUACAAUUACAAUUUAAAUCCGAUACACCAAAGCUAAGCCACAGCAGCACUGAGGCCCAUUAUAUCAGGACGGUCGACUUUGAUCACAGAAAUAAAGUUGUAUGUUGGAUAAUGUAUGAACCAUCACCUAAAGAUAAAUCAACCAUGCAGUGUAUGAACCAAUCCACUUUCAGUAUCACAGAAGCUUUUACACAAGUCACAUUAGAAACAAUCGAAAACUUUGCCCAUGACUGGAUUACUGGAAAUUGGUAUUUUGUUGAUGUUGUCAAUAAUAGGAUCAUCUUAUGCACCUCAGAAGGGACAUAUUGCGCAACCAUUAUGAAAUUUGGGGCAAAAACUCCACGAACACUUGUGCUGGAACCAAAUUUAGGUUUGAUGUUCUAUACAUUGAGAUCUAAGACUAGUGGCUGGAGCAUACACCAGGCCUACCUUGAUGGUUCUAACAGCAGUGCUCUAGUGGAGGGCAUCGAUGAACUGAUCAGUCCAUACGGAAUGACCAUUGACUUCCCAAACCAACAACUGUACUGGGUGGAUUCAGCUAAAGGCACUGUGGAGAGAAUAGACAUCAACCGAGAGACAGUCAACAGAUACACAGUUACAAGGUUAGAGGCUAGGAAAUCGAGAGGCAUUUCCAUCCUUGGGGAGUUUAUUUAUGUGACUGGUGAUGACGUGAAGUUAACUCGCAUUCAUCGCUGGGAUCGGUCGGUCAAUGCCACCAAGUACACCAACAUCAGGAUGCAUGAUCCCUACCAGUUACAGAUUUACCAUCAGCUCAGACAGCCCAUCAAUCCGGAUGUCAACACUACCCAGUGUGCCAGUCUUGGAUGUAAACAUCUGUGUGUGAAUGUACCUUCUGAAGAGGGACUGGUUGCCAAGUGUCUGUGUGAAGCUGGGUAUCAACUGGCCAAUGAUUCAAAGCAAUGUACAAUAAUUCCAGAAUGCAGUCGGUGUACAAAUGGUGAAUGUCUGAGUAUUGCUAAGGAAGAAUGUCAGAUAAGCUCCAGCUGUCCUGAGGGAUACAGAAGAUGUCCAUUAAAUGAAUGUUUGAUGGCAAACUGGUGGUGUGAUAGAGAGCCUGACUGUAAGGAUGGGGCAGAUGAACUGUUCUGUCAUCUAGGGGAGAGAACUUGUGAAGAGAUGACAGAGUUUACUUGUGUUAGUAGUGGGGAAUGUAUUGAAAGGGAGUUCCAGUGUAAUGCUGUAGAGGAUUGUGAAGAUGGCUCAGACGAGCUUGGCUGCGACGUGUUGUGUGGUGAGGAUAAAAAUAACCACUUCCAGUGUGAUAACCAGACUAAAUGCCUGUUCAACUCCAGUAUUUGUGAUGGCAAACCAGACUGCCUGGAUGGCAGUGAUGAAAAAAACUGUGGUACAGGGAAAACUUGUUCACCCAGUGAGUUUAAGUGUGACAGUGGAGAGUGUAUCAACAAGAGGUGGAAAUGUGACCAGGAAAGUGAUUGUUUGGACGGAUCCGAUGAAUUGGUUUGUUGGCAUCAGAAGAAUUGUUCUGAGCAUGAAUUUAAGUGUGAGACAGAUGGGAUCUGUAUACUAAAGAGCUGGCAGUGUGACAAGGAAUAUGACUGCAAGGAUCGGUCUGAUGAAGCCAACUGUACCUAUCACACCUGUAAUUAUCCCAAUGUGACUUGUGGUAGCCAUGGAAACACCAAGUGUAUCACCCCAAACCAGAUGUGUGAUAACAAAACAGACUGCCCAGAUAGCCGUGAUGAGCAGGGGUGUAAACCAGAGAGCUGUAAGAACCACAGUUGUUCCGAUGUGUGCCGGCCAGCACCACCUAACCUUGUGACCCAUCCCUAUAUCUGUUUGUGUAAAGAGGGCCGUGAACUGGGCUCAGACAACAGGACCUGUAAUCCAUCCAACAUUUGUCAAACAUGGGGGAUAUGUGGACAGAAGUGUGAGAAGUUACAGCGAGGGCAUGUGUGUUCUUGUAAUGAGGGCUACCACAUGGAAGCUGAUGGCUUCACAUGCAGACCCCUUGAUAAUGUGCCAGUAUACAUAAUAUUUUCUAACCGCCAUGAGAUGCGGAGUGUGGACCUGACAAAUCACAAUUACGCUGCCCUCGUAUCAGGCCUACACAAUACAGUGGCAUUAGAUUUCUAUUAUGCCCAGCAAUAUAUUUUCUGGACUGAUGUGGCAGAUGACAAAAUCUUCAGAGGCAAACUACAGGGAAAUGCCCUGACUGACAUCACCCCCAUCGUAGACAUUGGGCUGGCCACCACCGAGGGUCUGGCUAUAGACUGGAUUGGGGAGAAAAUUUACUGGGUAGAGAGCAAGCUUUACCAGAUAGAAGUGGCGGGCAUUAAUGGAGAGAACCGCACCACGCUCAUUGCUGGUAACAUGGUCAGUCCUAGAGCCAUUGUGCUAGACCCCAGGGUCGGAACACUGUUUUGGACAGACUGGGAUACAAACAACCCUAGGAUUGAGACAUGCUCUAUGGCCGGAGAGAACCGACAUAUCAUAUUUCACAUUAGACGGAUUGUAGAAGGAGGUUGGCCCAAUGGAUUAACCAUAGAUUAUGACUUUAGAAGACUCUACUGGAUUGACGCAAGAUCAGACUCAAUUCACACUGUGACCUACGAGGGACAAGAUCAUCGUCAGAUUCUCCAGGACAGGGACAAUAUCAGACAUCCAUUCGCUCUCUCUCUGUUUGGUAACCAUGUCUACUGGACAGAUUGGGGCAUCAAUGCACUCGUCUCCGCAAACAAGUUUGAUGGCUCUAAUGUGACCAUUGUUAAACGAACCAAUACCCAGCCUUUUGAUAUCCAAGUCUACCAUCCCAAACGUCAGCUGUCAUCGCCCAAUCCCUGCGCAGUUAACAAUGGAAACUGUUCCCAUCUGUGUCUAAUCAGUUACAACAACACUGUGGGCUGUGUCUGUCCUCAUCUCAUGGAGCUGGCAGCCGACAAAAAAACAUGCAAACCUGAUCAGAGUUUCCUGGUGUUCGUACGGAGAAAUGAGAUCCGCGGUGUUGACCUGGAAAAUGCCAAUUACAGCGUCAUUCCCACCUUAACCACUCCAUAUGUUAACAGACCUAUUGCAGUGGAUUAUGAUGUAAGUGACGAAAAGGAAGGACAUUUGUACUGGGCCGACCAAGAACUAAAGGUCAUCAAUAAGUCACCACUGUCAGGGUCAGAGGUCAAAACCAUCAUUGACUCAGGAAGAGCAUUGAGUUUAGAGGGAUUUGUAGUGGAUUGGAUUUCCAGAAAUAUGUACUUUUCGACGUAUAAUGACAAAAACAAGAGGGGGGCCAUUACAGUGGCCAAUCUGGACGGGGCCUACAGAAAGGAGAUCUUUGUGAAGAAUAACACCAAAGUCAGCUCUAUCACAGUCAGCCCCAUGUCAGGAAAGCUCUAUUUCUCUGUCGAUAAGGAGGAUAACAUUUAUGGUGCUAAAAUGGAUGGGAGUGAUGUAAAGGCAGAGAUUACAAAUGCCAAUGGACCUUCAAAUUUGAAAUAUAGUGAAGCUGAUGGCAGGAUUUAUUUCCUCAGUGAAGGGAACAAUUCAAUAAUGGCCUGUGAAGUGUUAACUGUAAAAUGUGAAAAUAUUAAUAACUCAAGCAGUAACCAGUCAGAUAUUAAGUACAUCAAGGCAUUUGCAGUAAAUGGUCAAAAAGGUAUCUUUGUUGCACAUGACCACAAGAUUGCAAAGCUGACUAAGGGGGAGCAGGGUUACAGCUAUUCUGUUUUACGGGAUAAGACUGAUGAUGUCGUAGCAAUGGCCGUGUACGACAAGUCACAAAGAGUCAACGAUACCAAUGCCUGCAGGACUAACAAUGGUGAUUGCUCUCAGUUAUGUCUGCCAGUAGGAAAAAACAAACGUGUCUGUGUGUGUACUGCUGGGUAUCUACGCAAAAAUGAAACUUACUGUGUCGGAAUUGAUUCUCUCAUUAUAUACUCGGCUGUGUCUGAGAUCAGGGGGAUCACAUAUGACCCCCAGAACAGCACGGAGGCCCUGCCCUUUAUCUCCCAGGUCCAGAAGGCCACCGCGAUUGACUUCCAUGCAGCACAAGACUAUAUAUACUGGGUGGAGACGUCACCAAAUUAUCAGAUUGCUCGUAUAAAGCGUGACCUGACUGGAUACGAGGUGAUCAUUUCGGAUGAGAUCGGUAGAAUUACGGAUAUAGCUGUCGACUGGAUUGCAGGUCAUUUGUACUGGACUGAUUCUCAGAGGAAAGUGAUAGAAUUAGUACAGCUUCAGAAGGCCAGCUCUGAUGAUGAGUACAGGAGAUACGUCGUCAUUCAUAACGACUUACAGAAUCCUCAGAACAUUGUAUUAAAUCCCAAAGAGGGCACUAUGAUUUGGGUGGACAGUGUUCGCCUGACUAUAGAGCAGGCCUCAUUAGAUGGAACAGAUCGUCAUGUUUUAAUGAACCUGACAACCUCCAACAUUUCUGGACUCUCUCUGGAUCAUACCAACAGGAAGAUGUUGUACUGGUGUGAGAGACAAAAUCGCCAUAUUGUCAGGUUAAAUCUGGAGACUAGGGAAAAGUUUACUGUCACUAAAUCAGCGGACUGUUAUUCACUCACAGUUUUCAAGACAAAAAUGUACUGGAUUGAUGUACCUCAGUCGAGUCCUGAGGCUAGUAUACUGAGUCUAUCCAAGCAGGGGUCCACAGGCUUGCCCACACACAUCAAGUCCAAGCUACCAAAUACACUCAACAGUAUAAAGGUCUUUGACAGACUGGUACAGGCAGGCAACAAUUCUUGUACAGAUAAAAAUGGGGGCUGUGAAGAAAUCUGCUUGUUUAAUAGCAAGAAAACGGUAACUUGUGCUUGUACAUAUGGAAAAUUGGACACAGACAAGAAAAAAUGUAUAGACCAUGACAGUUAUCUACUGUUUUCUAAAGUGACGGCCAUUCAGAGCUUACAUAUGACAGGAAAUAAAAACAAGCCAACAGAAGAAAUCUCGGACAAAACUCUGAUCCGGAAUGUGAUUGCUCUGACGGCAGAUUAUGAUCACAGUAGAGUGUUCUACAGUGAUAUUCAGCAGUCUAACAUACAGUCAGUCUGGAUGAAUGGAUCAUCUUUUUCAAACAUUACUACAGUCAUUCCUUCCAUUGGUUCUGUGGAAGGACUUGCAUAUGAUUCAUCAAAUGACACCCUGUACUGGACCAGCUACACCAAUUCCUCCAUUAAUCGGAUCAAGAUAAAUCCAGCAACUGGGAACGCCAGCGGGCCUUCACAGAAACUGAUCCAGUUAUCAACCAGUGACCAUCCCAGAGCUAUUGUUGUCGAUAGCUGUACACAACGCAUGUUUUGGACAAACUGGCACAGCAGUCAGCCUGGUAUUCAGAGGGCCUUCUUCAGUGGUUAUAGUGCUCAGUAUAUCAUCAAAUCAGACAUCAGUACACCUAAUGGACUGGCCAUAGAUCAUAAGGAACAGCUGCUGUACUGGAUAGAUGCUCGUCUGGACAAGAUCGAGAGAUGUGACUUUGACGGAAAUCACAGAGUGGUGGUGAUGACCUCGAUCCCCCAGCAUCCCUUUGGUCUGGCCCUGUAUGGAGAUCACCUCUACUGGACGGACUGGUUACUCCACGCCGUCGUCCGAGUUAACAAGUACGACAGCAAUGACUACGCCUUCCUCAGCAAAAAUCUCAACAGACAACCAAUGGGAAUUACUGUAUUUGCCAAGGAUGCCAAUGAUUGUACACAGAAUCCGUGCUUGAAUGCAGGAUGUUCUCAGAAGUGUAAGGUGGUGAAAGGAUAUGCUGUCUGCUCCUGUAAUGACUCUUACUUUCUACUUAAUGACGGAGUUCGAUGUGCAAAAAAUGAGACCAUCACCAACUGUAGAGUUACCGACUUCCUGUGUCAUGAUGCAACAAGAUGCAUCAAUAUCACUCAAACUUGUGAUAAAGUUCCAGACUGUCUAGACCAAAGUGAUGAAUCCGCGGCUGUUUGCAAUAAGGAGCACUGUCACUCUCAGUAUUUCACCUGUAACAACUACCAGUGUAUUCCGUUUGGGAAGCAGUGCGACAGGAAGUUAGACUGUCUGGACGGCUCGGAUGAGAUGGACUGUCAGUGUAACAAAGAUACCGAGUUCCAGUGUAGGAACAAGCAGUGCAUCAACAGAAAGUACCACUGUGACAUGGAUAUUGACUGUGACGAUAAUUCGGACGAAAUCGGAUGUGAUUUGAACUGCUCUGCAAUUCAUCAUGAGGAUGCUGCUCGCUGGGUCUCAUGUAACACCACCUCAACCUGUAUCAUGGAGUCCUGGAUCUGUGACAGUAAACAAGACUGUCCAGAUGGAGAGGAUGAAAAGAACUGCUCUGGAUCAAAAGCGGAAUGUAAGGGCCCUGACAUGUUCCACUGUAAGUCUGGCGAUCGCUGUAUUCCCAGUGCCUGGAAAUGUGACUUUGACAAUGAUUGCCCAGACAAAUCAGAUGAAGUCAACUGUGAGGAUGAAUGUGAUAGCAGUAUGACUAAAUGUUCUGAGGGGACAUGUAUACCUAAAUCGUGGGAGUGUGAUGGUCACCCAGAUUGUAUCAAUGGAACAGACGAGUCCAGUGAUGUCUGUAACAACAACAGGACCUGUAAGGCGGACGAGUUUCUGUGUACCUCCACAUACCGCUGUAUAUCAAAAGACUGGCUUUGUGACGGGGACGCCGAUUGUCCAAACAGUGAGGAUGAAGACAUGGCUAACGGUUGUGAACCAAUGGCUUGCAGUGACGAUGAGUUUCAAUGUCAGAAUGGGAAAUGUGUGAAGAAGAUAUUUUACUGUGACUCGGAUAAUGACUGCCUAGAUAACAGUGAUGAGCCCCCAUUCUGUUCCAAAGGAUGUGCCGUGGGUGAAUUUCAAUGCCAGCAACAUCACAACUGUAUCAACAGGACAUUGGUGUGCAAUGGAUUUCCAGACUGUUACGACCAUUCUGACGAGAACGCAAACUGUACCCAGAAACCGGUCAAGUGUGACUUCCGGUGUCACAAUGAUAAAUGUCUGAAUGAUUCCCUUGUUUGUAAUGGACAAGAUGAUUGUGGGGAUAACUCAGAUGAAGCUCCAACCUGCAAUUUUGAUGAAUGUAAAUUUAUGGAAGAAGCAAAGAGGGACGGUGUACAAGCUACCUCCCCAUUUUUCAAAAUCUGUCACCAUAACUGUACGGAGCUGAAGAUUGGGUACAGGUGCACCUGUCAUCCCGGUUAUGAGCUGGAGGACAAUCAACAUCACUGUAAAGAUGUGGAUGAAUGUAAGACUCUGUACCCCUGCUCACACUUCUGUGUAAACUCUGUUGGGAGUUAUCAUUGUCGGUGUGCAGAGGGAUUCAAACUAGCAGAGGAUGGGAAGACCUGCAAAGUCACUGGAUCUGAGAAGCCCUAUUUGAUUCUGGCUAAUGGUUUCUACAUCAGGAACAUCAGCUUUACUGGUUACCAGAAACUAAUUCUACAUGACCUGAAUAACGCUGUGGCUAUUGACUUCGACUACCGAGACCAGAUGAUAUACUGGUCAGAAAUCACGGCCACCAUGAGUAAAAUCAGUCGACUGAACAUUACUGACCAGAAGGUCACUGUGAUACAUAAUACCACCCUGAGGAACCCUGAUGGCAUUGCUGUGGACUGGGUCGGCAGGAACAUUUACUGGUGUGACAAAACUAAGGAUACCAUAGAGGUGUCCCGACUCAAUGGAUGGUACAGAAAAGUCCUUAUUGACAAAGAGUUACAGGAGCCUAGGGCCUUGGAAGUUUUCCCUGCUAAAGGACUGAUGUUCUACACUGACUGGGGAAAUGAAGCCCACAUUUCCUCUGCCCAUAUGGAUGGCACUAAUGUCAAGCGGAUCAUCCACCGAGAUCUCUCCUGGCCCAACGCCCUCACGAUUGAUUAUGUCACGGAGAAAAUCUUCUGGGCAGACGCCAACCUGGAUUACAUUGCGAUGGCAGACCUUGACGGUAGUAAUCGACAUGUGGUCAUUGAUUCCAAUGUCCCCCAUGUGUUUGACAUGACCACCUUUAUGGACCACCUGUUCUGGACUGAUUGGGAGAGGAUGAAGAUAGAGACUGCUCACAAAUUUUCCGGGAAAGAGAGAAAACCAGUGGCCACUGUGAUUCAUCGACCGAUGGGAAUCCAUGUGUUUCAUCAGAUGAAACAGACAGCCAAGGGAGUUAACCCCUGUUAUAACAAUGGAGGAUGUGAGCAUCUUUGUUUACUGAAGCCCAGCAGGUCGGGGUUGACCAAAGUCUGCGCCUGCCCUGAGAACCAUUACCUGGCCGAGGAUAAUCGAUCCUGCAUCAUGAACUGUACAAGUUCCCAGUUCUACUGUAAGAGGAGUUCUAAGUGUAUCCCUUUCUGGUGGAAGUGUGAUGGAGUAUAUGACUGUGAGGAUGGUUCUGAUGAGCCACAUGAUUGUGAUGAAUACCCUUGUUCUGUGCCUGGAGAGUUUAAGUGUGCACACAAUGGCAGUAAGGACGCUAAGGACUGUGUCAAUCCGGUGGAGAUCUGUGAUGGGACCCCCCAGUGUGACAAUGGGUGGGACGAGAACCCGUUUGUCUGCCGAAAUUUCACGUGUCUUCCUGGUUUUACUAAAUGUGUGAAUGAGUCUAAGUGUAUUCCCAGCCCCGAUCUGUGUGAGAAUCCAAGCUGUAAUCCUGAGCUGCACAGUAUCAAGUGUACCAAUCAGAAAUGUGACUCUAACAUGUUUAAAUGUGCCAAUGGUCAGUGUAUCUCGUACGUGUGGUGGUGUGACGGUGACCAGGACUGCCACGAUGGCUCGGAUGAAGCGGCGAACUGUACCCUGGAGAACUGUAAGGCUGGCUUUGUGAAGUGUAACGAGACAGGACGCUGUUACCCCGAGUCAUGGCAGUGUGACGGAGACGCCGAUUGUGGCCCUGACGGAUCUGACGAGAGUCCAGAUAUCUGUGAUAGGAAAUGUGACAAUGAGACUCAGUGGCAGUGUGAGAGUGGACAGUGUAUCUCUAAAGUCUGGCGCUGUGAUUUUGACAAAGACUGUCAUGAUGGCUCAGAUGAAAAGUACUGUAAGGGUGAAGACUAUCGGAACUGUUCUGAGGCCGAGUUCCGUUGUGCCAAUAGACGGUGUAUACACAAGUCGUACAGAUGUGAUGGCGAGUUCAACUGUGAGGACAGCAGUGAUGAGGUCAACUGUAACAUGACCCAUGUCUGUAAUCCUGACACAGAAUUUUCCUGUAACAGUCUGUGUAUACAGAAGUCCUGGCACUGUGAUGGUGAGAUUGAUUGUCCCGCGGGAGAGGAUGAAAUUAACUGCCCCCAAGAAGAAUGUGCUGGGGGCUUUAAAUGUGGUACUGGUGCUUGUGUGCCAUACUCCUGGCAGUGUGACGGAGAAAAUGAUUGCUCUGAUGGGUCAGAUGAAGAAACACAUCACUGUAAGAAAUUUAUCUGUGGAGAGGACCGAUUUAAAUGUAACAACCACAUCUGUAUAUUUGCCAACCAGCGCUGUGACGGCAUUGAUAACUGCGGAGAUGGCUCAGACGAACGCAGGUGUAAAACUGAGAGAUGUUCUCUAAAUGAGUUCAUGUGCAAGAACACAUCAGAGUGUAUUCCCAUGUCAAAAGUCUGUGAUAAGAAAAAUGACUGCUUUAUAAAUGAUGAUGAAAGCCCAGCUCUAUGCAGAUCUGAGAUGCACUGUUCUACAAACAAUUGCCAACAUCUGUGUACUUACUACCCCUCACUAGACAGAUAUAAAUGCUCAUGUAAAAAGGGCUUUGCUCUACAGGAUGAUGGCUUUUCAUGUGUUGAGUUUGACCAGUGUAAGUCUUGGGGAGUGUGUCCACAACAGUGUGAGGUGGUCAAGGAGUACAGCGUACAGAGAGCCAACUGUUCCUGUGAGGUCAACUUCACCAAAGGUUAUCUGAUGGGGACAAACAUUCCAACAUGUUACGCCAAGGGGCCAAAGCCGGACAUUCUAUUGGCACACGAAUCUGAAAUCAUCAAAGCUGGUGUGGGGAAAGGAGGAGGUGAAAAGCCACUCAGUGUGAAUGAGCAUUCUCAGGAAAAAAUAAUAUCUAUGGACAUAGAUGCCACGGUUGAUGGAGAACUCAACCUUUUCACUCUACAGACCAGUCCACAAAACCGCUCAACUCUGUACCGUUAUGAAAUAAAUAAAUCGUCCAGAAGAAAAAGACAAGUUCCAACAAAGGUGAUUUCUGAGCUGGCCGAGCCUCAAGGUCUAGCUGUGGACUGGGUGGGGAAGAACAUUUACUGGACAGAUGCUCAGAUACACAAAGUACAGAUGGCAACAUACAGUGGAGGAAAGAAAAGAACAGUGGUUUCCAAUCUCAACCAACCACAUUCAAUCGCUGUCAAUCCGGAACUUGGGAAAAUUUACUGGACUGAUCGUGGAUAUCCACCAAAGAUUGAGAGUGCUAACCUUGAUGGCAGUGGUCGCAAUGUGCUUGUUAAAGAUAACAUGAUCUGGCCCAAUGGAAUCACUGUAGAUUACCCUAACAAUCGGAUUUACUGGGUAGAUUCCAAAAAACAGACCAUAGAAACUGCUGAUGUGGAGGGAAAAGACAGACAUGUAGUCCGACAGUUUAACAAGACUGCCAUGGACCCACCUUAUAUGAUUGAUGUUUUUGAAGAUUUCCUGUAUGUUACGUUUUACAAAAGCCAUAAUGUGACACUGAUCCACAAAUUUAACAACUCCUUUGUCAAAGACAGAGUCAUGUUUAAGAACCUGAAAUAUGUUGGUGAUAUUGUGGUUACACAUCCUAGCAAGCAGAAGCAAAUCAAGAAUAACUGUGCCUCCUUGCCCUGUAAGCGUGGCUGGUGUGUCAACAUGCCCACCUCCAGUGACACAAAGUUUACAUGCGUGUGUAACGAUGAUUCCUAUUACAAUGAAGAACAGGGCGAGUGUGUCUUCUACAAGGACUGCGUCCACGGGAAUCGCAAUCCAACCACUAAACAGUGUGUCUGUCCACCAAGAUUCACUGGCCCACUUUGUGAACAUGACUUGUGUAAAGACCACAUCUGUGAACUAAACAAAGAGUGUUUUGUUGACCAGAAUAAAAACGUGGGCUGUCGGUGUCAGGAGGGCUACAUUGGGAAAAGGUGUGAAAAUCUGUGUUCAGAAUAUUGUAAAAAUGGAGGAAACUGUACAACAGAUAGCAAUGGAAACACUGCCUGCAGUUGCACAGAAUAUUAUACAGGGGAGACAUGUAUGAAAGAAGUAUGUGACAACCAAUGUCAAAAUGGUGGAAAGUGUGUGUUAGACCGCUUUCAUAAUAAGAAGUGUAAUUGUACAAAUGGAUUUACAGGUAAGAAUAAACCCCUUUCCACACAAAAAUGA